AUGUAUGCAUGCCACCAUUUUCUGGAGGAUAAGUGGAGUGCGCUAAUGGAGUCUCGGUUUCGCUGGGUGUGGGGGAUUGUGAUGGAGAAAAUGUCUGCAGGCAUGGAGCGAAUGCUCACCGGCACGUCCAGUGUGCGGGCUCCAGAUGGGUCGGAGCCAUUCUGUUUGCUUUUUGCUUCCAUUGAAGGAGGCACUGAGCUGUGGGCCAAAAAUGCGGCGGUGAUGGGAGCGGCCAUCACGAAGUACCACGCCAUGGUACGCUCCAUCAUUGCCUUGUACGACGCCUAUGAGGUGAAGGUGAUGGGGGACUCCUUCAUGAUUGCCUGCGUAAACAUUGUUGUGGGCAUGAAGAUCGCGCUGGCGAUUCAGCUGGAGUCGAUGCGCGCGGUGCCGAUUGUCCCAGGCUUCACAAUGCUCGAAAAUCCACAGGGAGGGGGCGACCCCUCGUGCUGGCGCCGCGAAGGCCUGCGGGUGCGGGUGGCGGUGCAGCACUGCGUGGAUGUCGUUGCCUCGUACGACGCCAUUCAUCAGCGAUACGACUAUUACGGCCCCAGUGUGAAUUGCUGCUCCAGCAUGCUGCCGGUGGCCUGCGGUGGCGAGAUUUUGCUCUCGAAGGAGUCAUUCAGCGCCCUGGAGGCAAUGCCGGCGUACAAGGGCGAGCCGUGUCCUUGGGAUCUGCGCCAGCUGGAGGUCCACUCCUUUCACACCGAUCCAAGAGGCAUGGACGAGUUUAUCAGCGUGAGUGAUGUUGGCCCCGUUGAGCUGCAGGGCAUGCCCGAGCCCGUCCACCUGCUGAGCAUCACUCCCAAGUCCCUGAGCGGAAGGAGGUUCCGCAAUGUAAAAGUAGCAUGA